UUGCAAUUGAUUAGAUCUCUGGGGAUCACCGCAGACAAGAAGAUUCUUGCCGUGUGCCGUGAGCCUCUGGCCUCUUGAAUCCGCACAAAGUCAAAACACACGGUUUAUCGAUAUCAGCCCGGCCGUUGGUGCCAUUUUACGCGCCGCUAGCACUUUUACAGAGCGACUACCGUUCGCUUCACCCACUUUUGCAGGAACCCAGACCGAGCCUGGGCCUGGGCAGCACAGCACAUGCAUAGCACAUCCGUGAAGUAACUUUAGCCAAAGGGGUCGACCUUGCAAAAUUGCACCAACUUCACCAACCCGUUCCUCGACCAGCGCUGGAUGACUGACUGCGAGCCUCCUUUCCAACACGAAUACCUACCUACCUUACCUCGCUCCCCUCACCCUACACUGCCCAAUCCGACCCAACCCCGUCACUCCUUACCUCCCAAGCAAGAGCGUGUGCAGAACUUGCAGAUCCAGUCUUUACCAUCGUCAGAGAAGCAUUCGAUCAUUCCGAUACUAUAAACGUCCCAAAGUCAAUUCGCACCCUCGCAAACCUCUUGCCCAUUGUGCCCAGCGAGACGAUUCAACACCACGCCGUUGCUGCCCCUCAAGCGAAUCGCUUGACGCCGCCCCUUUCGCUUUGACAACCCUGCACCUUGUCCCGAAUCCCGUUUCAGUCACUCGACUUUGUUCCAUACACGCCGUACCAAGCAACCUUGAAAGCCGUCAAGAAGGAUCCCGCUGUACGAUUUACUCCCGGGCAUCAGCAGAGAAACUGAGGCUGCGCUCGCGACUGACAGUACGGGGGUUGCUCGCCGAAGCCUCUAAUUCGCCGAUCCUGUCUCGUAAAGGCAGCAACCAUGAAUGGCCGCAAUGGACCACUGUCCCCUGUCUCUGUAGGAGAAAGCGAAUGGUCGGGUAUCAGCAAAUACGCAGGCAAUGGAAAUAGCGACCAACAAUACCGUCCAUACUCUCCUGCCGCCGCCAACAAUCGCGGUCAACUUGCUUCACCGCCGAUAUCGAGCGGUUCCAACGGGCAGAUGAACGGAGGAGGCUUUCCCCCUAGAGGGUCGUCGAAUGGCAUUCAGAGUCCGGGAGGCCCGUCGCCGCCCAGCUCAAUUGGGAGAUCGAGCAUAGGAACCGGCUUGUACGCGCAGAGCGACAGUGGCAGGAGUAUAAAAGAUGCGCAGUUUGAGGCAUCGUUAUCGGAACAUUAUGUCGCCCUCAAGAGAUAUUUGGCGGCGUCGCUGCGAGACGAAAAAGGGAAUCCCCGACCGAACAGAGCGCGGGAUAAGCUGUUGCGACUAUCCUCUGUGCAAUUCCAGGAGCUGAGUACAGAUGUGUUUGAUGAAUUGUUGCGAAGACAGCAAGGAGGAAGACGGAAUCCAAAUGGUGGGCCACCUCCAGAAGGCGGUCCCCCACCAUACCUUCUGCCCAAAGACACAUUCCACCCCAAACGGAACCAAGCUAGACAGAAACUGUCGACACUACCACCUCCACGAUUUCGAGACCUGGCGACAGAUGUAUUCUACGAAUUGGAGAGAAGGUUUCCGCGGUUUGCAGGUGGUGAUAUAAGUCGGAUCGAUAGUCCAGCCUCUUCGAUGCGCGGUGGACCACCCAGGAGCGGUAAUGGCACACCGGUGAAUGGCGUCCCCCGAAUGCGCAGACCUUCAGAGGCUAGCUCUGUAGCGUACUCGAAUAGAAGUGAGUCUAGAGGUGGUGGACCACGGAUCCCAAUGGGAGUGGUUCCUCCAUCUCCUGGAAUUCCUCCAAAUGAUUAUGGCAGGCCGACACCAAAGACAUUUCAAAGUAAUACCCUAGUUCCGAAUAAAAGCACCAUGGUAGAGGACGACGAGACGGGAGAAGAGGACGAUGAUGGGGAUGCCUUUGGUUUAGAAAAUGCUGCUCGAAGUAGAAACAGCAAGAAAAACUCUGGGUCAUCCGAGGUAUGCUAUCAAAAUGUAAGGAUUGUGAAAAUACUAACUUGCCUUCUAGACCGACAAGAAACUAAUCGAGGACUACCAAUCACAAGUACGAGAAUUACGAGAGAAGCUCGAUGCUAUGGAGGAUAAUCUCAAAGCAAAGGACGACGAACUAAAUAUAGCACGCAACGGCGAAAGAUCACGAUCAACAACAAUAACUUUGAAGGACAAGGAACUCAGCGAUCUGAGGAUGAACUUGGAGACUAGAGUUGCAACUGCUCAGAAGUUGAACGAUUCUCUGCAAUCGGAAAUAGACCGCCUACGUGCAGAUCAUGAUAGUACUGAACGAGCUUUGCGGCAGGAAAUAGAAGAUCUGAGAGUAGGCGGGGGCGGAGGAGCACGAGGGUUUGGGGGUGGUAACUCGGAUCUGGAACGUGAAAACCAAGAAUUAAGAGCGGAGCUUGACGAACAGCAGCGUGUCACAGAAGAGGUGCGCAUAGAAGCACAGAAUUUCUUGCGGGAAAUGCGGAUGCUUUCGGAUAGAAGUACGUCUUCAUAUGAACGGGAAGAACAGCUCACGGAUACCAUCAACAAAUUGGAGGAAGAGGUCAGAGACUGGAGAAAUCGAUACGCCAGAACGAAGACGCAGCUACGCACUUUGCGUGCUUCGUCAAUCGGCCUCAUUAUCCAGCAAAAUGCUGCGACAAUUACUAAGGAUAAUGGCUUUACAGAGGCCAAUGGCAUGGUCAAGGAUAUCCACGUUACUAAAUUCCAAAUUUCAAUCGACGAGCUUCUACGAAUUGCCCGUACAGACGAAUAUGCAAAGGUUCUAGAGUUUAUGAAGAGGAUUGUUGUUAAUGUACGAAGUAUCACGCAAGAUAUCGACCAAGCACCACCAAGCACUGGAGAUAAGGCACAGCUCCAGUCCAAGCUGAAGUCAAGAGUCUCAGCAACCGCCAACAAUCUCAUCACAGCAUCUAAGAAUUUCGCAUCGGCAAACGGUCUUUCGCCCGUCUCGUUGCUAGAUGCCGCCGCUUCGCAUCUUACAGCAGCUGUUGUCGAGCUUGUUCGCACGGUCAAGGUGCGGCCUACACCUGCUGGAGAACUCGAGGACGACGAUGACGGAAACUCGGAGCCAGUCGCAAGUACAGGCUUCUUUCCAGUUCGUGAGAUAAGACCCGAAAGUCAACCUCCGCCCCUCCAAGGACUCCGAAAUAUACCAAAUAUACAGACGAAUACCACACAAUCCUCCAACGUCCCACCUCCUUUCCAAGGCUUACGACAUAUGAGCGCAGACUCCUCCGCGUAUAGUCCUAUCAAUUCUCCACGCGACACAAGAGAUAAUUCCAUGGCAAAUGGCUAUAUGAACGGAAAUGGAGCUCCUCCACAAGCACCUAUGGGAGUCGGUUUCGGCAUCAGAACCCAGGAUAGUGAUGUCGAAGACCUAAAGGUAAGCUUUGAAUGAAUUUGUCUAUUGUGCCUCAAACUAAUUUUGCUAGAUAUACCUCGAGGACCAAACUGCCGCACUGGUUGCCAAUAUUCAAUCACUCGUAACUUCUAUUCGGUCAGACGCCGGGAUCAAGGCCAUUUCAGGACAAAUCAAUGCGAUUGCCGAUAAUGUCGGCUCAGUAGUCUCCGCUACCGAGACGGCAAUGUCUUCGACCGGCAACAGCAUUCUUCGAGUGCAGGGAGAACCAAUCUUGAGAAACCUCUUGGGUUGUCGUCAACGUCUGCUACAAGCAGGCGAGACUGGUCGACAAAUUGUGGAGGAUGAUGGAGACGACGACGAAGCGGAUCGGGCCUGGCGAACUUGGAACCAAUCACUUCCACCGCUUGCCUUUGAGAUUGCGCGGGAGACGAAGGAGUUGGUCUUGAGAGUCGAUGUUAUCGAUGGGGAUCAGCAACGAGGCGGUGAUGAUGACUUUUCAUGAUUGAUUUGCAUAUUAAUUUGUAUUGUGUCACACGAACGAAAGUUUGACCAUGUAUACCCCCCAUCAUCUCUUUUGAAGGACGAAAGGGUGAAGGAGUCUUUUUAAUUCUUCCUAUUCAUGUCUUUUUUUUAUUCUUUUAUUUUUUUGGCAUAGCGAUUUUGCGACUUGCUUUGCUUUUUUUUCUCUCUCUCUAACUUCUCUACAAUGGAAUGGGGGUUUGUUAUUAU